UGUGUUAGGGGUGAGUCUAAAUGUAGCAAGAAGGUCUGCGUCUUGCUAACCCGUCACAGCCACCGUCGUCGUCGCUGACACUACCUCUGAUCUGCAAGAGUCUUGCUGUUCAAUACCGGGAAGCUAGCAGGAUGUACCCUUUUUAUCACAGGUGCGAGCCGUGGCAUUGGCAAAGCUAUUGCGUUAAAAGCAGCAAAGGAUGGAGCGAAUAUUGUCAUUGCCACGAAGACUGCCCAAUUACACCCUAAAGUUCCAGGCACAAUCUAUACUGCUGCUGAAGAAAUUGAAGCAGCUGGAGGAAAGGCCUUGCCAUGUGUUGUUGAUGUGAGAGAUGAACAGCAAAUCAGUGGUUCAGUGGAGAAAGCAGUCGAGAAAUGUGGAGGAAUUGAUAUUUUGGUGAAUAAUGCCAGUGCUAUUGCCUUGAGCAGCACAUUGGAUACACCUACAAAGAAAGUGGAUUUGAUGAUGAACGUCAACACCAGAGGCACCUACCUUACAUCUAAAGCUUGUAUUCCUCAUUUGAAAACGAGUAAAAUUGCUCAUAUCCUCAAUCUCAGCCCUCCACCGAACCUAAAUCCAUUGUGGUUCAAACAGCACUGCGCUUAUACCAUUGCUAAGUAUGGUAUGUCUGUGUGUGUACUUGGAAUGGCAGAAGAAUUUAAAGGUGAAAUUGCAGUCAAUGCAUUAUGGCCUAAAACAACCAUACACACUGCUGCUAUGGAUAUGCUGGGAGGAGCUGGUAUUGAAAGCCAAUGUAGAAAAGUUGAUAUCAUUGCAGAUGCUGCAUAUUCCAUUUUCAAAAAGCCAAAAAAUUUUACUGGAAACUUUAUUAUUGAUGAAAAUAUCUUAAAAUAAGAAGGCAUACAAAAUUUUGAUGUCUAUGCAGUUAAACCAGGUCAUCCUUUGAUGCCAGAUUUCUUCUUAGAUGAACUCCCAGGUACAGUUAAUGCGAAAAUGGAAUCACGUGAUGCUGCUCCAUCUAUCAAAGAAGGGAAGCAGAUGCCACAACCAAAAGGAGGUUCUGUGGAAGAAACAUUUAGAAUUGUCAAGGAGACUCUCAGUGAGGACACUGUUAAAGCCGCUCAAGCAGUCUAUCAGUUUGAACUCUCAGGUGAAGAUGGUGGAACAUGGUUUCUUGAUCUUAAAAGCAAGGGUGGGAAUGUUGGAUGUGGAGAGCCCCCUGCCCAGGCAGAUGUGGUGAUGAGUAUAUCUACUGAAGAUUUUAUCAAAAUGUUUUCUGGGAAACUAAAUCCAACAAUGGCAUUCAUGUCAGGAAAAUGGAAGAUUAAAGGUAACAUGGCCCUAGCAAUCAAAUUGGAUAAGUUAAUGACUCAGAUGAAUGCCAGACUGUGAAGGAAAAUAAAAUGUUGACCACUGAGCUCGACAAGUAAAAAGCCCAACUGUUUAAAAUCAGAUGUUUUCUUCCCUAUUGUAUAAUAAGGAUAUAUGCAUGUUUGUCUUGAAAAAAAUGCAAUUUCUCUAUCUGUAACACUUGAAAUUGUAAUUAAAACAGCUAAUCAUAUAUAAGCUUCAUUAAAUGGAAUUCUAAGACAUUCAGGUUUUUAUAUUUUGUGAGUUUUGCUCUCGGAGCCUUAUAUCUCGUUUACCAUUUUCUUCUAGGAAAGUGUAAUGAGCAGUCAAUCUGGGUCAAGCAGUACAGUUAUCUCUUUUCAUAGCUUCUUCCCAUGUAAAAUGAUUGGUCUGUUUAAAAUUUUUAGUUUUGGAUUGUAUACUCCUGAGAAUCCUAAUGGUGUUUUAAACCUUUCUAUGCUUAUUUUAAUGAAAAUCUACAAUGUAUUUUCACAGAAAUCACAUAAUAAACUACUUAGUAAAUACAAAAAAAGAAAAAAAAAUUGACUUUUUUUUUUAAAUUGUGCUUUAGGUGAAAGUUUAUAGCUCAAGUUAAUUUCUCAUCUAAAACUUUAUACACAAUGUUUUGUGACAUUGGUUGCAGU